AUGAACGAAGUCAUGGAGCAAUGUGAGUUGUCCCUGGGUGACUCAGGCGAGUCAAGCAAGUUUGCACUUGAGGAUCUGGGGCUCACACUCUCCCCUGGAUCACAGUCACAAUCCUUCGCCCAUACAAUGGACUUCUCCCAGUUCGAUCUCAGUAUGGACCUCGACCUCGGCCUCAUGGAUAAUUUCGAUCCUCUGACCGACUUUGAUCCCAUCGUUCAUCAAAUCGAUAUCCCCACCCUUGAUCCGACACCGGCUAAGCGUCCCCUCGAGGAGGUUUCCCCCAACGAAGCCGAGAUGCCAACCAAGCGUUCAUGCCAGUCGGUUCCCUCGCCUUCGCUUGAAUCUCUGGCCAUGCAGACACAGUCCCGUAUGGAUCUUGCCAACCGUGCCUCACCCAUGGUCUCCGCGAAUGAUUUCUCGGUUGCAGGAUCCAGCAACCCAGCCAGCGUCGCUGCAAUGACUCGGUUCGGACUGGACCCCCACGAUACCGCGGAUCCCAUCCCAACUAUUCAACGAACGGUUCCAUUCUUGUCACCCUACAAAGUGUCUAAGUAUUACCCUUCCGCCCCAUUUCUGCACAACCAUACCGUCAACGUGGAGGUUUCGAGCUCGGCCCUUCAGCAUCGGCUGAAAAACUCACAACGCCGGAUCAACGUUCUCGUCAUCGAGCGCAACAGAUAUCGCGACAAACUUCUCAGCUACAGCCAGCCUGAUCCGCGGACGGGAAAAUUGAAGAUCGACGAAAUGGAGGCAGAAAUCACGACUUUACGACGUGUGACAUCGACACAACAAACUCGGGCCAGGAAUCUCAAAACCGAGCUUCAGAACUGGCAAAAUGAGUAUACCAAUCUGGCCAGAACACACAACAACCUCCUCGCCGACUACCGAGCUUCCCAGAAAUCGCCCACGCUACCAUCGCGGCAAUCUCCCGAAUCGACCUGGGGCGCAUCCGAACCAUGGAAAGGCGCGUAUGAUCAGCUCUUGGCUGAGCAUCGCUCUUUGAUAUCUGCCUUGAAAACUCCAGGCGUGGAUCCGAUGCAAGUUCUGGACGGGCUUGGUACGCAGUUCAACAAGGCUGCUUCAACCAACUACCCGUCACCAGCUUCGAUUUCAUCGAUGUCAAAUCGACCCCCUGCUGUGCCCCAUCAUGAUGCUGUGGUGAUUGAUCUUACCGACGACGGCGCAGAGGAUGUGAGUACCCCUAGGAUUCCCAACUGUUCAAAUUAG